GACAACUACCGUGCUUAUCGCGUUCAUGCAACUUGGCCGCAGCUGUAUUUCAUGGUUGGGGGGCUACCACUCUGGAAUCCUAUCCGCUUCCUUGGCUUGAUCCCAAUGCCCAUCAUGGGUGCCUUCAUCCACUUGCCACUGGCGGGCUGGCCAGCAGUGGCACAAGGUGUGGAGAUCCGCCUAAUUCAGCAGGAGAACAACGCCAAGUACCAGGCUAUGCUUCAACUGAUCGGUUUUAUGUGCGGUUCCGUCACCAGCGCGCUUUAUCCUCACCUCUUCUACGCCGAGGCAACCACCUAUGGCUACAAAGUCAUCCCGUACGCACUUUCGGCCUCGUUCAUUCUUUGCACCAUCCCGAUCUACAUGUACUACUGCGGCCCCCAGCAGCUCGCGAUGUGUGCGCAGAUUGACAAGGAGGCCAAAGAGAAGUGGGAGGAAGAGAGAAAGGCGAACCAAAGCGCCGCGGAGGCUGAGAAAGACGAGGAGAUCAAGAAGCUUAAGGAGGAGUUGUCUUCAACCAAGACGGAGCUUUCCAACUUUAAGGAUGAGAAGGAGCCGGAAAAGGAGGCCGAGAAAGAACCUGAGGUGAAGACCGAGGAGCAGAAAAAGGCCGACUGA